CCUCUGCUGGUGGACGUGUGAGCAUUAAAGAAGUGUUACCAUGUCAUGGACCUGCUGUGUGAGCAGUGUGUGAAGCAGUAGGAUAUGAACGAGGUGCUGGCCAUGAAGAUGCACUACAUUAGAUAUGUGCUGCCGAAAUGCAUGGCCUUUCUUCUGGACUGUGAUUUCAAGCUAGAUGUGCUCAUCAAGAGUCUGUUGAAGGGUAGCCAUAGAGAUGGUUUUCCUCAGUACCAGGAGAAGUUCAUUAGAGACUGCAUCAGAAAGUUUCCCUACUGUGAAGCUGCACUGCUACAGCAGCAGGUCAUGAGCAUCGCACCAGUGGAGAUCGGUAACGACCCGACAGCGUUCUCUGUGCUAACCCAGGCUCUCUUCAUAGAUGCUGAUUUCUGCACUACGUGUGGAGAGAGGGGGCAGAGAUGUUCCCUCUGCAACAUGGUGACUUACUGUGGCCUGAUUUUGUCAGCGACUCCACUGCUUCACCCAUAAGAUCUGUAGAGGACUGCAGGAGAAGGAUACCCCGAGACUGAGGGAGCACAGUGGUUAACUACACACUCCUAUCUGUUGAAAACACAUACAAUAGGUUCACUAUAGUUAUACUGCAGUGUGCUAUGGUGCUCCAUACUGGACAUGCUUUUUAGCCCAGGAAUAGGCUUAUUCUGAGUUUGGGAUACUGGCCUCAAUAGCCUACUUUACUACUGUAGCUUGUUACAUACUUGUAGCUUUCUGAUGCCCUCUAAGUUCAACUUUAGACGGUUUCCCCACUCUCCUCUCUAUCCUGGGUCCAGAUGAGGAGAGUGACAUGGUGAAGGAGACAGCCAGCUUCCUGGCAGAGCUGUGUUUUGAAAGCAGAGGAGCGCAUGGCUUCGUCAGGGUGUCCCGGUCCCUCAGCGCCAGACCAGCUGAACUGCCCCUCCACAUCCUCAGAGGGACCACCAUCCUGCCACCAGGAAUGAGAGGGACUGCUGGUGUUCUUUUCUACCAGGUAGUUAAUUGAUUCAUUGAUUAAUGUUACUGAUUGGUCAGAGUUCAGUGAUAUUAAUAAUGAAGUUGUAUUGAACUGAAUUGAUUCCGUUCACUUGGUGUAUGAGGUCUGAAUCAAUCCCUGAUUAAAGGGGAAUGAUGAAAAUCAGCAUUACUACUGAUUGGCCAGGAUGUCCAGAUUGAAAGAAAGGGGAUAGUGAGGAUGAAUGCUUUACUCACCAAGCAGCUGGACUGGAGUUUAAGGAAGGACUGUUACUAUGGACCCAACGAGGUCUAUUCUGUUUAGAAUAGGGGAGACUGAA